AUGACGCUGGUAGAGGAAAUGGACGACCAGGAUGCUCUGGAACUCACGGAGGUUCUGAGGAUGCCGCGCGGCCACGCUAAGAAGUUUCGGAACCAGGUCCAGCGUCUUCGCGAUUCCACGGGGACGGCGGCGCAUUAUCGGGAGUAUCGGCCGUCUCAGGACGACGCGGAUGUACAGCAGGAACACAGAGAAGAAGACACCGCGGUGUCCCUCGAAGGGCCGGCUUCGCCGCUGAAGCAGCACGCCGGCCGCCUGCUCGGGGCGGCCCCCGACCACGCAGAGCCGGAGGCGGUCAGCGGCCCCGCCAGGGAGCCAGCCAGCGCGCGUCGGGAGAAUAUGCUUGCCGCUGGUACUAGUGGGCUCGAGGACGUGGCUGCGUGCACAGACGAGCAGUGCGAAGGCAGCGCCGACGCCAAUGUGACGGAGGAGGCUGGCAUGGACUGCAACAGGUUGCCCCCCGAGGAACAUGCGUUCAACGGGCAGUGGUUGGACAACACUGACAAUUGCUUGGUCAACGUGAGAGGCACAGAGGUGCACUUCCAAGGCGUAGGGACCUACCUGUUUGAGGCCGUCAACGACACAUUUGCAUGCUACCUGCUUGAGGACGAGGUCCUGGAGGGGCAGAUCGGUGAAGGAGGCGCACUGUACUGGAGCGACGGCGCGGGCUUGCACAGUGUGGCCAGGGUCCGCCCCGAGCAGGACACAGUCGUGCCGCACCACGCUCCCCUCUAG